AUGCAGACGUCCACACAAAGAUCUCCCUACACAGAGACCUCCCUACACAGAGACCUCCCUACACAGAGACCUCCCUACACAGAGACCUCCCUACACAGAGACUUCCCUACACAGAGACCUCCCUACACAGAGACCUCCCUACACAGAGACCUCCCUACACAGAGACAUCCCUACACAGAGACCUUCCUACACGGAGACCUCUCUACACGGAGACCUCCCUACACAGAAACCUCCCUACACAGAGACCUCCCUACACAGACACCUCCCUACAUAGACACCUCCCUACACAGAGACUUCCCUACACAGAGACCUCCCUACACAGAGACCUCCCUACACAGAGACCCCCCUACACAGACACCUCCCUACACAGACCUCCCUACACAGAGACCUCCCUAUACAGAGACCUCCCUACACAGAGACCUCCCUACACAGACACUUCCCUACACAGAGACCUCCCUACACAGAGACCUCCCUACACAGAGACCCCCUACACAGACACCUCCCUACACAGACCUCCCUACACAGAGACCUCCCUACACAGACACCUCCCUACACAGAGACCUCCCUACAGAGACCUCCCUACACAGAUACCUCCCUACACAGAUACUUCCCUACACAGAGACUUCCCUACACAGAGACCUCCCUACACAGAGACCCCCUACACAGAGACCUCCCUACACAGAUACUUCCCUACACAGAGACUUCCCUACACAGAGACCUCCCUACACAGAGACCCCCUACACAGAGACCUCCCUACACAGAGACCCCCUACACAGACACCUCCCUACACAGACCUCCCUACACAGAGACCUCCCUACACAGACACCUCCCUACACAGAGACCUCCCUACAGAGACCUCCCUACACAGAGACCUCCCUACACAGAUACUUCCCUACACAGAGACUUCCCUACACAGAGACCUCCCUACACAGAGACCCCCUACACAGAGACCUCCCUACACAGAUACUUCCCUACACAGAGACUUCCCUACACAGAGACCUCCCUACACAGAGACCCCCUACACAGAGACCUCCCUACACAGAUACCUCCCUACACAGACACCUACCUACACAGAGACCUCCCUACACAGAGACCUCCCUACACAGAGACCUCCCUACACAGAUACCUCCCUACACAGAGACCUCCUUACACAGAGACCUCCCUACACAGAGACCUCCCUACACAGACACCUCCCUACACAGAGACCUCCCUACACAGACACCUCCCUACAGAGACAUCCCUACACAUAGACCUCCCUAUACAGAGACCUCCCUAUACAGAGACCUCCCUACACAGAGACCUCCCUACACAGAGACCUCCCUACACAGACAUCUCCCUACACAGACAUCUCCCUACACAGAAACCUCCCUACACAGAGACCUCCCUACACAGAGACCUCCCUACACAAAGACCUCCCUACACAGAGACCUCCCUACACAGAAACCUCCCUACACAGAGACCUCCCUACACAGAGACCUCCCUACAGAGACCUCCCUACACAGACCAGUAGAGAGCCAGGAUGAGUUAAGCGGCCAUUUGGGCUCCAUCCUAUCAGAUCGCUGUGUGACAACAUGGCGUUGCAUGUAG